AUGGUCAGACAGCGCUCAGAGUCCCUGAGACGUCGCCUGACGAAGUCGGGGAAUGAAGAGAUGGCCAUCAAGUAUCGCGAGGUAAUGGACAGUUACAUCAGUAGUGGAGUUGCUCGCAAGUUGUCUGAGAAGAAGUUAGCUAAGGAAUCCAGUACCCAUUGGUAUCUCCCACAUCAACCCGUAACUUCCCCUACCAAGCCUGGAAAGGUGCGUAUUGUUUUCGAUGUGGCAGCCGAGUUCGAAGGGACCUCGCUUUACAAGAAUCUGCUGAGCGGGUCAGACAUGACCAACAGUUUAGUCGGUGUCCUCCUGCGUUUUCGCCAAGAUACGAUUGGUAUUGCCGCAGAUAUUGAAGGAAUGUUCCACCAGAUUCGUGUACGUGAAAAGGACCAGGAUUCAUUGAGGUUUCUAUGGUGGACAAAUACCUACGAAGACCCACCUGAUGUUUAUGUUAUGAAAGAAGUGCUGAAGACAGUUCAAAGUGACAAACUGUCCAACCAAACUCUCGACCUCGAUUUGGAAGACCCACCCGUUGAGAGAGCACUGGGGGUACUUUGGUUUGUUGGAGAUGAUACUCUUGACUUCAAAAUAAGGCAUCUUGAUCGCCCUGAUACAAAACGUGGCAUCUUGUCUACUGUUUGUUCCUUGUUCGACCCGCUAGGGCUCGCUGCACCCGUAACGCUAGCUGCAAGAAGUUUAGUGCAAGACAUUAGGAAGGCUAACGUUGGAUGGGACGAGCCUCUUGGUGAAGAGUUUCUAUCAAAGUGGAGGACGUGGAAGAUUCAACUACCUUCUUUGUCACAGUUGCGCUUUCCACGAUCCUAUUUUUUACAAGAUGGUGACCCGAAAGACUGCAAGUUGCAGCCCCAUGUCUUUUCGGACGCAUCAGAAGUUGGGUAUGGUGUAUCGUCCUAUCUGCGAGCUGAGUAUCCAGAUGGUCGGGUUCAUUGUACCUUUGUCAUGGGAAAGGCUAGGAAUGCACCAGUGAAGUUUGUCAGUAUUCCCAGACUAGAGUUGCAGGCAGCAUUACCUGCAACUCGUGUGUGUAAAAUGCUGCGAGAAGAAUUAGAACUGAACAUUGACAGGACAUUGUUAUGGACCGACAGUGAGAUAGUACUGCACUAUCUAAGGAAUGAGGAACGAAGACUUCAAACCUUCGUUGCCAACAGAGUUGAAGAAAUAAAGGAGCACUCACCCGUGCAGGAUUGGAAUCAUGUGCCAGGGACUUUGAAUCCCCCAGACAAGGUGUCAAGGGGACUGACCCCAUCUUCUCUGACUGCCGACCACAGUUGGCUUCGUGGACAUGACUUUUUGUGGGGACCAGAGCAUUCCUGGCCGAAACAAGAGUGUAGAACCCUACCUCGUGAAGAUUUGGAACAAAAGAAAGAAACUCAUGUACACUCCCUGGAACUGAGCUCUGGUUCAGUGGUGGCGAAGAAAGGAAGUUCAAAUUUUGAACCCAUCAAAGAUUCUAUGGAAGACCCUCUCCAAGCCCUUAUUACAACCUGCUCAGGUUGGACCCGCCGUAGGCGCAAGGUAGCAUGGCUCCUACGGUUUAUACAGUUCGUUAAAGAUAAAGGGAAGGUCCAGAUUAGAAGGUUAACUGUCGACGAUUUGAAUGCAGGUACAGUGGCUAUCGCAAGGAUCGUUCAGGGCUCAGCAUAUGCACAGCAGAUGAAGGAUCUGAGGUCUAAUGGUGCCGUCCGAGCAUCGAGCAAGAUUGCAGCCUUAAAUCUCGGAUUGGAUGAUCAGGGAGUACUAAGAGUCAAUGGACGUGGCCAGAAAAGAGUAUCUGAAUCUAACAAGGGCCGACAAAUCAUUCUGCCCAGGAAUCAUGCUGUAGCUGAGAAGAUUGUUCGUCAUGUCCAUCAUUUCAUUGGUCAUCUGGGGCGUGAGCAUGCAAUAGCCAAGAUGUGGGAAGACUUCUGGAUUCCUCAAAUCCGUGUUCUAGUUCGCUCAGUCCUUUCCCGAUGCGUCAGGUGCAAGAAAGUCCUGGCCAAACCCAUGACCCUACAGAUGGCACCUUUACCGGAGGCACGUCUGAUGGCAUAUGAACCACCUUUCUCAUAUACAGGAAUGGACCUUUUCGGCCCCCUGUACGUCAAACAUGGCCGAGGGAGCACAAAGCGUUGGUUUUGUCUCUUUACCUGUCUAACCACCCGUUGUGUGCACCUGGAAGUUGUUAACGCAAUGGACACGGAUGAUUUCGUCAUGUGCCUAAGGCGCUUCAUCAAUCGUAGAGGCGACGUGAAAGAGAUUCGUUGUGAUAAUGGCUCCAACUUUGUGGGAGCGCAGCGCGAACUAAAGGAGAGUUUGAGAAAUGGAACCAGGGACAGAUUGAGAGUGAACUUAUUCAAUAUGGCUGUAAAUGGAUAUUUCAACCCCAACUGCAUCAAGUAUAUCCGGUGUAUGGGAACGUUUGGUUCGUAG